AUGCUCGGCGACAUUCGGUCCAAGUGCUUCCUUCCAGAUUGCACCAGGUCCGGGAGAUUCGUUGGCCUAGGUCAUGACGCGGAGCACCCCAGCGAGGAGCCUGCCAAAGAGGCCGAGCCUGGAGCUUUCAGUGAAGCAGAGUGGUAUCGGCGUGCGGCUGCUGACUCCUGUGAAUCUGAGGAACCUGAUUCAUUCCAGAAGGUUUCCUUCGACAAUGAUGAUCCCGGGGGCAUAGGCUCCCCUGUGUCCGAUGCCUUUGAAGCCUCACUGCCAGUGCCUGUUUUCCAGCCUGACGAUACAGAGGAGGCCCAGCGCGAAAACUGCUCAGGGGAAGAGGAAGCGAAUGCUGAUGCCCAGAGGCGUGAGAAUGAUUCCUCCUCGGCCUCAGACUCAGACAGCAGUGAGAGCAGCUCCGACUCCGAUUCGUCGGGCGAUGAGAAUCUUCAACUUGCCGGGGCGCAUCAUGCUGCCCUCCGACCUAAGAUUGAGGGUAUGGCAAGCCUUCUUAAGUCCCAGGCCGCUUUCAAGGAGCGAGCAUUGGAAUGUGGGCUGACUGAGGCAGAACAUGAUGCCCUAGUGGCCCGUGGCGUCACUACACUUUCAGGUGCCGCUUAUGCUGUUUCCACACCGGGUGUUACACCCACCGAGGCGGCACUCAGAGGGCUUCUUGAUCCGAUUGCUCCCGAGGGUGUUAGUGUGGGGUCUCUUGCUGCCAUUCGUCGUCUUGUCUUUGAGAGCCAGACCCUUGCAAUUGCCGAAGUGAAGCUCGCCAUAGAAGGUACAGAUGGUGAGAAGCGCUCUGAGCUUGCUCCUGCCGAGCGUACCAGCCGGAUUGCUGCACAAAAGGCCCGCCUGUGUGGCUACGACCUCACAGGCACAAUGGAGGUCGCGCACUCGUGUUACACUUAUGUGAGCAUGAUUGAUGCUGACUCGCCCUUUUAUUUGGAACCACAUAAAUUCAUAACACGUGCGCAAGAGAUCUCACAUGAGCGACCGGGCAAAGAAAUUGUGCUUGAUGCCUCAAAGCUCACGGUUCGUGAUAAGUCUUCGUUUCAUCGCAUGCAGAUACAGAAUGAGUUGCAGCUUUCCCAAGCCUUCACUCGGCGCAGCCUUGCAUGCGACCUGAUGGGUGUGAUCACUUUUAGGGUGCAAGAGAAUUGGCACAAAUUUUUAAUGGACAGGCUUGCCGAAUCUCCUCCACCCAACUUCAGGAGGAUCUCGAUGGAGCAAGUACUCAGAGCUGACCGUCAGGCGUGGCAAAAGCUUGCUGAGAUCGUUCCUUCCAUCAAGAGGACCUCGGCCGGGGCCCUGCCGCUCGACGCUGCCUUUCCUACCCUGCCAACCGAGGGUUCGAUAUCCUUUUAUCUGUUGCCAACCAGGCUGCAGGAGCUCGACGACAAGCCCCCUCGUAAGCCUUGGAAAGGGAACGGCAAGGGUAAAGACCAGAAGGGCGAUCGGGGUACCAAGCGUGAUUCCGAGGGCAAGGAGAAGACACCUCCUGAACUCCCCGAUGCCCUUAAGGACAUGCCCUUACGCACCACGAGCAAGGGCAAGCGAAUGUGUUGGUCUUACAACAUCAAGGUUGACGACAGGGUUAUGCCAUCUCCUCCCAAGGAGGUGACCUUCGGCCAGCGUGUCGCUGGCAAAAGCUUGGAAUCGUUGGUCUUUAUCCAGGUUUUCGCUCGCGAAGGCCUUCAGCUCCUGUUGGGCAUGCUGAAACAGCAACCUGUUGUUGUGGUUGAUAAGAUAGUCUCGACCUCCUAUGCUGACAUUGCCAAGGAUCGCACUCAGGCCAUGAGGAAGUGGCUUCUUCGAGCUUGUGAAUUGAAGGAUCUGGAGCCUCCAUUUCCUACGCCUGAUCAUUGCCGUGCUGUUCUCAAGAACAAAUCCAUGCCGCUUUUCGCAGAGAUGCUUGAAGCUGCCAAUUACCCAGACAAGGAUUUGGUCAAGACUAUGUGCUCAGGAUUCGAUCUUCUUGGCCAGAUCCCUGCCUCAGGAGUUCUUCCCGAAAAGCACAUGGACGCGCUGCUCACCAUCGAUGAGGUUCGCAGCCUGACUCCCGAGGUUCGCAGUGCAAUUUUACAUCAGCGUGAUGAUGGCAAAGAUUUAGAAAUCUUGACUGCUGUGCACAAGCUUACCUUGGAGGAAAGGGACCGGGGCUGGCUUCGAGGCCCCCUUAAAUCCUCUGAGAUUCCGAGUGACUCCGUGGUUACCAGGCGGUUCGGAAUCAAACAAUCAAGCACCGAUGUUGACAAGGGAAAAGUGACCAAGAUCAGGCCUAUUGACGAUUACACGCAAUCGUUGGCUAACCUCACGUGCGGCUCCACAGAGACGAUCUCCCCCCAUGGGGUGGAUGUCAUAUGUGCUGGCAUUUCCUACAGGAUUCGUCGAGGCCGUCAACUUGGCCUCCGAGAGAGGCUGGUCAGUCGAGCCAUUGAUCUUCGCAAGGCAUAUAAGAAUCUCCCACUUUCCACUGCAGCGCUCCGCGAUUCUUAUUUGGCUGUGCUUAACCCUGCAACAUCUCAAUAUGAAUUCUUUCAGGCCUUGGUAUUGCCCUUCGGGGCCCGACCUGCUGUACAAGGGUUUUACAGGGUGGCUUCGGCCAUAUGGCACCUUGCCCUGGUUUUCUUCGAUCUUCAUUGGACGCAGUUCUAUGACGACUACUUCUUGAUAGCUGGGGAAUCGGAGAGUCCACAUAUCAACUUAAUCCAGGAGUCCUUUUACGCCCUUUUGGGCUGGGAAACGGCCUCCGAAAAGGACUGUGAGUUUGGGUUUGUCACCCGCGCGCUUGGAGUACAGAUCGAUCUUUCAGACUGCCAUUUUGGAUUGGUCAAAGUGAGCAACACGCUGUCGAGGCGACGCGAGCUUGAAAUUACCAUAAAUGACAUUCUUGCGAGCUCUUCGGUCUCUGGCUCAGUGCUUACUUCCCUUCGUGGUCGAUUGCUCUUUUGCGACAAUCAGAUUUUUGGCCGAAUGGCGAGCCUUCAGCUUCGGAUUCUCUCGAGCUAUUGUGAGCGCAGAGGACAAGUUCGCUUGAACGACCCGCUGAAGAAGGCCUUAAGCUUUCUGAGAGAUCAUGUUGCACUUGGCCCCGAGAGGAUUGUGCAUUGCUCAUUCCGAAAUUGCUUCCAUGUCUAUUCGGACGCUUCAUACGAGCCGAGUGGGGGUGGUGUUGGUGCCCUCGCCUACAACUCCCAAGGUCUGCUCUUGAGCUGGUUUGGUGAGGAGCUUUCGCAAGACGUGAUGACCAUUAUCAAUCCAGAGGAGAAGUGCACCCUCAUUUAUGAGCUGGAAACAUAUGCUGCAGUGAUGAGUCUUGUUCGGCUAGGUCGAUUGUGGCGGGAUGCGGAUGUGAUCCUCUUUCUUGAUAAUGAAGCCUCGCUGGCCACUCUCAUCAAUGGUAGAUCUGAUUCCCUUUUCGUCCAAAGACUCCUCAACACUCUUUUCGAGUGGGAAUGCGAAUCCAGAUGCAAUGUCUGGUUUGAACGCGUUCCCAGUGCUAGCAACCCAGCUGACGAUCCAUCAAGGCUUGUCUUUCCGAUGCAGCCAGGGCUUCGUGCAAGGCUUGACGCCAAGAGUGACUUCGUGCUUCACGCCGUCGGCCUCUCCUAG